AUGCUGACAGAAUUGUCAACUGCUGCAGUCGCUGGGGAACUCAUGAUUGUUUCUUCUAGUUCACGACGAAGAUCUUGGUCCGAUACAGGAUCUCCUCUUUUGCGAGAUAAAAGCGACGGUUUGAUAUCUCGUCGGAGUGCAAGGAUAAGCUAUGUUGCCGUUCCAGGGAAAAGCACAGAGAGGAUAAAAAUCAACGUUAGUGGGAAAAAAUACGAGCUAACGUACUCCAGGCUGUUGAAAUUUCCGAAAAGUCUGCUCGCUCAAUCAAGACGAAGAGCGUUUUUCUACGACGAAGAUAAGGACGAACUUUUCUUCGAUAGAAACCGAAUCGCAUUUGAAAGUGUGUACCAUUUUUACCAAACCGCUGGCGAGUUUCUCCAACCUGAGCAUAUUCCCCACGAAAUUUUGACGAGAGAAAUGCAAUUUUUUGGUCUCACGGAGUACCUAUCGAAAGACACAACAGUUCGCAGGCCUAAACGUAGUAUACGCCCAAGUAACCGGUACCAAAGAAUGGUAUGGGAACUCUUUGAAAAUCCCGGGGCUAAUAUUGUCGCUCGCAUUGUUAACUUGCUUCUUUUACUAUUGAUUAUUUUGUCUGUCAUUUUACUGUGCAUUGAAACCCUUCCAGAGUUUAGCGACGCAAAUAUGUCGCCCGUUUCGAGGAACGUGAUACCUGAAAACGAGACGGUAAACAAGACUCUCUACAACAAACAGCUCCAUAGUGAUCAUAAAGAGGCAAACUACACUUCAUCGAGCAAACUACAAAAACUCUUCAUUAUCGAGGCAUUCUGCGUUGCCUGUUUUACGUUAGAAGUGCUAAUCCGUUUCGCAGCCUCUCCUGAUAAGCUGCGAUUUUUCCGGAACCUUCUUAACGGUUUUGAUCUUCUUGCCGUCCUGCCGUUUUACGUUACCAUCUUAGUUUCCACUCUUCCAUCUUCAGUACAAUCCGCCUACGUUUUGCGCGUGUUCCGUCUUUUGCGUUUACUCCGUUUUGUAAAAAUUUACCGCUACAGCUCCGCUGCUCAGAUAUUUGUCCAGACCAUACGGGAAUGCAUCAGUGAUAUUUUAACUUUGGCUUUCUUGAUCCUUAUGACCACGGUUGUUUUUGCAAGUUGCAGUUAUUACUUUGAACAGGAAAACCAAGGAACCAACUUUGUGAGUAUUCCUGCAACCUGCUGGUGGGCUGUUGUGACAAUGAGUAGCGUUGGGUAUGGAGAUAUGGUUCCUGUCACCAUUGGUAAGUUGCAACUAUUUUUAGUUUUCUCUCUACACUAAAUCUGUGGAUAAAUAUGCUUGCAUAAACAUGCGUUAUUAUUCACUUAAAAUGUUUCUCCAUUUCUGAUUGGCUCAACAUCCCUGGCUAAUUCUUCAUAACCAGCUAGCGUUGACCAGCCUGCUUCGAGUUUUGCCUCUGGCGCAAGCUAGUGUUGACCAAUUUGGCAGACGUUUGGGUUAUCCGGGAAAAUUACGUCAAUAAUAGUACAGGCCAUCGGCAGAAAAAGGGUCGCCAACCGAGAUAGACUAGGAACGAGGUUGCAUUAGCUCAGUUGUUUUAGUAGAGUUGGAGAAAAUGGCGGAAUAUUUCACACUGAAUUCUGCAAAGCUGAUCGCACUACGUGAAAAAUAACUUUGCAAGACAUCAACACGACACCGAAAGAACCAAAAACAGAGCAGGAUCGUAGCCGUAGACAGCUGUUUCGCCCUUUUUGGGGCUCGUCAGGACGGCGCAACGGAAUAUUUCACACGUUUUGCGAAGAAGAAAUUCUGAGCUCACAGUUGUGUCGCACGUCACUAAAGCAUUACUUGCUGUUUCAACCUCGUCUCCCAAGAUCUUCUCGUUUUCCGAUAUGAAAAGAGAAGACCCUGGGGACGUGGUUGCAAGAGUUUAGGAAAUGAGGGGGCGGCUGUACACAGGCUGACGCGGAGAGCGUGCGUGUGAUAGUAAGGGGGCCGUCAGAGUUCUUUCUCUCUGCUCUCAUUUUUCUUUAGCCGCGACAGAGGCCUCUGUUAGCAGGGAAGCAUGGAUAACUUAUGAACAUUAACUGCAAAGGACUGCAAACGAAUAUGCCUCAGAACGUACUCAGAGGAUCUAUAGAAGACCUGAUAGGCAAAAAUAUACCGAGUGGACCUAUUGAAAUCUGAUCGUAGACAUCACACCGAUAGAACCUGCACUUUAUGAGCCAAUCGAGGCAAACGCGCAGUUUGCGCGAAGUGCGAGUCGAGGGGACUCCUGCGAUUCGUGUAGAAUGCCGCGUUCACCUCGUUUGGCUCAUAAAGCGCCUGUUAUGCAGGUUAACAAAACCCAACACAGUUUCUACAAUGCAAGUUAGGAAUUAUGGACCUACUGUUCGUUUCAUAGCUAUAGAGUUAACUGACUUGACAGUGAUGCAUUUUGACCUUGAUCUUAUAUUCAAAUACUCCUUAUUACAGCAGGUAAAAUAUCUGGAGCACUUUGCGUCAUAUUUGGAGCAAUCAUUAUAACACCACUGCUGCCAAUCAUAGGAUCAAAGUUCAGCAGGAUCCAGGAACAAGCAAAACUCGGGAAGAUUUCACCCACGGAAAUAAUUCCCGGUGAAAGUUCAUCUACGUCUGAAGAAUCAGUUGUGAUGAAUGCUAAUGUGGAGAGUCAGCUGACUCUUUCCGUUCGAAGCCACAGCGCACGACCGAGAAGCGUGUCCAUUCUUUAG